AUGUCUGCAGAGGCGGAGCCUCGGCGCUCAGUUAGAGCCACCAAGGGUCAGCAUACGAAAUCGUUCGACGAGCUCGAGCCGGCCGUGGCUCCCAAGCGACGACAGGCAAAGAAGACAAAGAAGGCACAAGAAAAGGAUCAAUCCCAAGAGCCCGAAGAGGUCAUUCGAUGCGUUUGCGGCGCAACGGAGCAAGACGAAGAUUCUGGCGAGGCUUGGAUUUCUUGCGAGACCUGCUACGCCUGGCAACACAAUGUUUGCGUCGGCGUGAGCUCGUUUGAGGAUGAAAUACCCGAAAACUACUGGUGCGAGCAAUGUCGACCGGAAAAUCACAAAGAGCUGCUGGCGAGCAUUGCCAAGGGAGAAAAGCCAUGGGAGACGCGGCGAAAAGAAUACGAAGAAGAGGAAGUUGAGAGGAAGAAGAAGAGGGGAGGACGCAGAGGUAGAGGCAAGAGGAUGAGUGAUGCUAAAGACGAAGCCGAAAAGGACGUUGGCAAGACUAAUGGCAAGGCGUCGCCCGUCCCCGACGCCAAGGACAAGAAGGAGCCCGCAUCGAAGCCAGGGAAGCGGAAAUUAAGACUAGAGUCUCAGGAAACUGAUGGCAAGUCUGCCAAGCUGCGUCGUGUAUCGGCAAACGAUGCACUUUCUGGGUCAGCAUCGUACACCAAGCCUGACGACUUGGCCAAAGCCAUUUCCGAACUGCCGUCGACGCGAGCCGGUCCUGCCAAGGCAUUGAAACGAUCCAUCUCCCAUGUUUUCGGCAUGAUGGUGAAACAAGGCGAACUUGAGGUACCCAACGGCAGCUCAGAGGACAGCGUGUCGGAAGAUUACGCCUUGCAGAUUGAACGCGCCGUCUUUGACACUCACCCAGCAUCAAAAGGUCACAAGGAAUACAGCCAGCAGAUAAAAUCUCUAACCUUCAACCUAAAGAACAACCCGGAAAUAAUGCACGGGGUCCUGCAAGGUGUCCACACGCCAGCAACGUUGGCAGUCAUGACGUCAGAGCAGCUGGCCUCGGCCGAGAUGCAGAAGCAAACCGCCGAAAUGAGAGCCAAAGCUGAGAAGCAAUCGAUUCUGUAUACACAGGAGACGGGACCGCGUGUUCGCAAAACUCAUAAAGGCGAGGAGGUUGUGGAGGAUGAGAGCAUCAUCAAUGACGCCCCGAUUCCAAUGGCUGGCGGACCCCGGAAAGGCACGAGUCACCAACAACAGCAACAACAGCAGCAACAGCAGCAACAGCAACAACAACAACAACAACAACAGCAACAACAACAACAACAACAACAACAACAACAACAACAACAACAACAACAACAACAACAAGGACCACCGGUCGUCAAACGCGAAUCGACCGGGGGAGAUGGCCACGAUUUGAAAGCGAGGUCGCCGUCCCAGCCAGAAGGGUUGAAGCACUCGCCCUCCACGUCCAACUUUGACAUCAACAAGGUCUUUGAAACUGUCAGGUCUCCGACUGUGUCGCAUAAACGAAGGCCGUCGGCGCCGGCCCUGAACACGAACGGGCCCGGGAUUGACCCCGACGUUGACCGGAUGCUGCAAGACGAGACGGAAUCACCACCGUAUUCACCCACGCAAGAGUUUCAGGAACCCGACGUCGUAUGGAAGGGUUCGCUUGCCAUGAGCUCCAUUGCCGACUUUUCCGCCACGGCCAAGCACGUCGGAGGCGCCAACUUUGCGGCCUUUGGGCCCUGGUCGAAGCUCAUCCCGAAGCGGAUGACGGUAGCCGGGCGGAUCACGCAGCAGCGCGCCAUAGAGUAUCUGUGCAGUCUGCGAUACAGCAACCUCACCGACAUUGUCGUCGUCAGCAUCACGCCGGCCUCGCCGGAUUCGCAAACCGAGUUCAACGCCCUGAUUGACUACUUUGUCGGCAAGAACCGAUACGGGGUGGUGGGGAACAAGGUUGCCGGAAAUGUAAGGGAUACGUACCUGGUUCCCGUGCCUGCCGGCGACAACGGGCAUCCGGAGUUUAUGCUGAACCUGGUGGACAACUUUAUACCCAAGACGAGAGCCGAGCCCAUGCUUUUGGCCGUGUUUGUCUACCGCAACGAACCGGACCAGCUCAAGCCGGGCAAGGAGGAGGUCACGCCAGCCCAGACACCCCAGCCGCCGAGCGUGACUGCCUCGCCAACCCCGGGGCCGGGGGGCCAGAGAAACAGUUUUGCGUCGGGCCCUGCCUUUUCGCCAUCUACACCUCAGACGCCCUUUACACAGCCUCCGCCGCCGCCGCCGCCGCAGCCGUCGCAUGGAGGAGGAGCACUGGGCCCGUCCACUACUCCGGUCCCCAUCCCUCAACCACCGCACAUGCAGCGACCCCCGCAGCCGCCAGCCGCAGCCUCCGCGCCGGCGUACACGGCACCGACGUACACAGCACCGACGCCAGCCGGUCAAAUGACGGAUGCGCAAAAGUUCCAGGCUCAGCAGGGACAAAGCAUGGCACGGGAGAUACUGGGAAACCUGAUUAGCGUGCCGACGGUGCAGUUCAUACUACCGCAGGCGCACCAGAUGUCGCGACGUGAAUGGGAAGUGAUUCGAUCCAUCUACGAGAGAGAUCCCCGCUCGCGUGACGACCUGCAGCACCUGGGACAGAUACUGGAGCAGGAGGGGGCUGAAAAGUGA